AUGAAGUUUCUUAUCCACAGGCCCCGUAGCGGUUCCAUUAUGAAGCUCGUGCGGUCACCGGCGAUCGCCAUUAUUACUUUGUUUCUUGUGACUACUAUACUUUACGUUAUAUCAACGACAUCAUUCAACGAUACCUCUAAGGGUCUUGAUCUUUCACCAGAAAAGCUUAAGGAUAGGGCAUUAAAUGUGUUUAAUAAAGAAAAAUCUCAAGUUUCGAUGGACGUUGAUAUUCCGUUCAUGCCUAAAAUGGGAAACGAGACUCUCAGAAUCGAAUUGGGACACGCAUCUUGGAAAUUGUUCCACACCAUUUUAGCCAGAUACCCGGAUGAACCUACAGAAACAGAGAGAGGGCACCUAAGCACUUAUAUAAAAUCGUUUGCUCAGGUUUAUCCGUGUGGAGAUUGUGCAAGACACUUUGUCAAAUUGCUCAAAAAGUAUCCCCCACAACUCAACUCGCGGAAAAAUGCAGCAAUUUGGGGAUGCUUUAUUCAUAACCAGGUCAACGAGGUACUUCACCACCCAAUAUAUGACUGCACAAGCAUCCUAGAAGACUACGAUUGUGGAUGUGGUGCUGAUGAAGAGUCGGAAGAUUAUACUUUACAUGGUAAGACGAUGAAAGAUGUUCAAGCAGAGAAGGAUGAGAGCGAGGCUAAAGAGCAUCUAGAUAGUAUUCAAGUGGAAAGUAAGGAAGAACAUAUAGGUGGCUGA